AUGGUCUCAGCAUCGACGGCGGUGACGGUGACGUCGAAAUCUAAGGUGGCAUUGGCGCCUCGGACAACACUGAUACCGACCCUAGUGAUACGGCCGAAGCCGGUGGAGGUCUCGGUGACGGCGAAUUCACUGGUCUCGGACUGGCGGGUGACGGGGACGAGGCUUUUGACCACGUUGACGAUGCGGCGGGGGGCAGGGCCGGCGAGGGCGGCGGAGAAGAAGAGGGCGAGGCAAGCGAUAAACUUUGCGGAGACCAUAUUGGGAGAUGGGGUUAGUGCAGUUAAGCAGGGGGAAGGCGAAGUGUUUGUUGGUUGAAGUUGUGAGUGAUGGUGUGGGGAAGAUGCUGGGAUGCGGAUCGGGUUUGUCGUUUUAUAUGCUUAGGAGGACAUAGAUGUUCUUCCUCGCGGAGGCAUAUCGAAAAGAAUGCUCUGUGGGUGCUUAUUACAAAGCCGUAUGACACUUUCCGUGUUCAGAAGAUGAUUUUGGUAAGCUUUCUCGACGUCGCAGGAGAGCUGGGAACGUUUCCACCUCGCGCAACAAUGGGAAAACAACAGAAGAUUUCUACAGACAGUCCUCUGUAUACGCGUGACUAUGCUUUCCGAGACAUUUUGAGGCCCAUCGGUGUAGUUUAGAGGUGCGGGGAGGGUUCAGAUCGUGAAAAGAGAGGCACCGUAUAGACCGGAGAACCAUGACAUCGAAAUGACAAAGAAAGCAGGGAGAGCAUCGUAGCGCGAGAAAUUCACAAACAACUAGUUCCGUAGGCAGAGACGAGAAGAUGAGAUGUAACAGAGGCGUACCGCCGAGGGUUGCAAUGAACAUGACGAAAGGAGAAGGAGAAGAGUUUGACGGCACUAUCACUACCUCCGGGGCAAGUCGUAGCUGAUACGAUUGGCGCAUGCCUUGUCAAACGUGAUUGUCACGAUUGUUUUGUAUACAUAAUGAGAACGCAUGGAUUCAUAGCAAAGAAGUACAAGGCGGCUGUGAAGCGGACGAUCGCCGAUGCAUGCAUGCUCCACUACGUUAGCUAGCUACUGUAAAUUAGAGACAAAGAA